AAUACCCUCCUCCUCCCAGGAUAACAGCACAAACUGGCCGCCAUUCUAAUCAAAUGGGCAGACAAUAAGAGGGUUUGCUUUUGCCUACAUUUCUAUAUUUUCUUUAUUGCCAAUAUCAAAAAUUUACACCCACUCGCUCACAAACACACACCCAACAUGAAACCCGACUUUAACCUCACAUUGUAUCUGGUCACAGACAGCGGAAUGGUGUCCGCCGAUAAGACGCUAGCGCAGAUCGUCGACGAGGCCAUUCAGGGCGGCGUCACUAUCGUGCAGCUGCGAGAGAAAACAGCCGAUACCGGCGCCUUUAUUGCUCUUGCCCGCUCGCUCCAAAAAGUCACCAAGAAUUACGGUGUUCCUCUUCUAAUUAACGACCGCAUUGACGUUGCGCUCGCAAUCGACGCCGACGGUGUGCACAUCGGCCAAGACGACAUGGCCCUAACGGAAGCCCGUCGCAUUUUGGGCCCAAACAAGAUUAUCGGCAUGUCUGUGCAGACUGCCGCGGAGGCCGAAGCAGCCAUGUGUGAUGGCGCCGAUUACCUGGGGAUCGGGGUGUGUUUCGACACAGAAACAAAACAAAUAAACACAGACGCCCUGCGAGGCCCUGUGGGCGUGCGGCAGGUGUGGGAGCAUGCUCUGGAGGUUGGGCCGGUACGUGCAGUGACCAUUGGCGGUGUGAACGAGUACAAUGCAGUGCAUGUGUUGGACUAUACGAGAUCGGCAAAGGGUAUACCACUGGAGGGUGUAGCUGUGGUUUCGGCUAUUAUGGCUGCUGAGGACCCAUGCGCGGCAGCCAAGGUGCUCCGCAGCCAAGUGAGCUUUGCUAUAGAGCGCUCGUGGGCGUCAAAGCAAGCGACCGCGUAUGUGGACCGCUCUGCGGCUUCCGUGUGUCAGGCGGCUGCUGCUGUGGUUGCGCACGUUAGGGCGACCGACGGCGCGCGGCCGCUGGUGCAGCAUAUGACUAAUGUGGUUGUUAUGAACGACUGCGCCAACGCGUGCCUCGCCUUGGGCGGGUCCCCAAUUAUGGCGCCUUCCGCCGAGGAGCAGGCAGACCUGGCUCGCAAUGUAUCUGCGCUUGUUGUCAAUAUUGGCACGCUAACAUUGGCUCAAAUCCCAGGCAUUCGCGCUGCUAUGCGCUGCGCUCGCUUUUACAACACCCCCAUUGUGCUCGACCCAGUCGGCAUGGGCAUAUCCACCUUCCGCAAAAGUUUUGUGUACGAGAUACUGCGCGACUAUGGCGUCCAUGUCAUCAAGGCCAAUGCUGGCGAAGUGGCCUCGCUUUUGGGCUCUGACGAGGUGAGCAUGCAGGGUGUAGAUAGCAUUGGCGCAGGCUUUUCAGACCCUGCUGCAGCUGUGAGUGCCUUAAGUCGGCGCCACCGGUGCAUAGUGGUGAUGACCGGUCGGGUAGACUAUGUCUCGGAUGGGACAAGCACAUUUGCUGUGCGCAAUGGCCAUCCUAUGCAGGCGUGCAUUUCGGGGUCGGGGUGCAUGGUGGGCACGGCUGUGGCUACUUUUAUUCAGGCUGUGGCCCACGAAGACCCAUUGGCGGGUGCGCUGGCUGGCCUUAUUGCCGUGAAUGUGGCUGCCGAGCAUGCCGCGGUGUCAGCUGAUGUCCGAGGGCCUGGGACGUUCCGCCCGGUGUUUAUUGAUGAAAUGCACAGACUUUCUGACGACACUUUGCUGAGCGAGAUGCGUGUUGAGCGGGCGUGAAAUGUUUGCUUGGGUAAAAUUGCAACAGACAAAUUACUACAAAAUACUUUGACCUAUAAUUGAUUGAUACAAUCCAUUGUGUAU